GUUUGAGAGUAUUACCUUGCCAACAAAGAGAAGGUAGAGGCGGAUCGGGAAUGAGAGAAAAUAGAAACAACGGAUUUAGGUUCUCCUCAUUACUCAGAAACUGCAGAUCCCCCACCCUUCUCCAGUGAAUUAAUGGGAGAAACAGUAGCGGAAUACUAAAUCCCUCUUUCUCCACUAGCUAGCAUUGUCGUCGAUUCCACAGCUCGGCGAGAACCGAACCGGACCGAGGAGAAAAGCGUCAAUGUUGAAGGGGUCGUCCCGCUGGUUGGCCAGAGUAUCGUUUUUCGUUUUCACCAUCCGGUAUGUGGGAGGGUCGGGAAGUGAGGGUUGAGACUUGAGAUGUAGCAAAAGGAGGGGAAAGGGUCAGCGAGGAGGACGUUGAAGAGGUCGACGGUGGGGAUUUCUGUUUUUCUUUUCCAUUUUUAUAAUUUAAUUAUUUGUACCUUUGAUAAUAAUUAAAUAAUUUUAUAAUCUAAUUAAAUGAUAAAGUAAAAAAUAUAUAGGCUGACGUGUACACGUAUUUAUCACGCUCGAGUUAACUAACAGUUGAUCGAAUGGAAAGUUAACAAUUUGCCUAUUAAAUUAUUUUCGAAAAGGUUUGGAUUACUACUUUGUUUAAAAUGAAAGGUUUGGUGGAUUUUGGUCUCAAAUUGAUCCACCCACUUAUUAGCAAGUUAUGAUAAUUGUGACCCGCUAUCCACCCACAUUCUUCAUCGAAUUGGAUUGGAUGGGUGGCAAAUGGGUGUGAAUGGGUAAACACCCACAUAAGCAAUUGGCAUUAAGCAAUUGUCAUUUGGGUGACUCGCACUACAUCCAUCACCCACCCGAAUAAAUGCGGGUGAGAGAUUAAUUUAUCGAUCCACAAUUAUCUCAUAUCAACCAUUAGUCCAUGACUCACUUGUUGGGAUUUUUAGUGGUGUGAAUGGAAAUAAAAGGGGAAAGUUUCAAGAGAGUCUCUUGAAGUACUCAUGUUGGUAAGAUGUGGGAAGGCACUGCCUCGAAUUCGAUCGAUUUGAUGUAAUAUGUGGUUAAUCGAUUAAAUUGGUUUGUCUACCAAACGGUACAAACCAAACCGAGUUGAACCAAAUAGAACCGAACUGAUGUGGCGGUUGGAAUAACCAAACCGGUACAACUAUCAUGGGCCGAACCGAUACAAUGGUUCAUUAUUUCAAACAUGAACCAAUGUGUUGGUUGGGGUGUAACCACCCAUGUGAAGAGUCGCCUCCCUUCAUACGCACCCCUUCAUUUUCUAUAAAUAGCACCUAACCCCCUCUGGUUUUGAUAUAGAUUUUUCUGAUACGAAAAUUCUGCCAAAGUCCAAAACUAGUUUUCUUCAUUCUUUUCAAAGAGAAAAUAGAGUCAAGUGUGCUUCUCGCCGGUUCGCUGCGUUCGAUGGCUUCCGGGGUUUGAGGUACCGCUACACCGGAAAAGGUACAUCAUUUCUAUCCUGGGAGGAAUCAUUCCAUAACCUUGGGUACUUGAGGGGAAUAAGAUUCUUUAAGGAGAGAUAGUGAAUUCUAUCGGCUAUGACGCUUGCAUGUGUCUUUGCAUGUUUUCUUAAUCUUAUGUAUUUGCUUGUGUUGCAAGAAAAUAGUAUACGGGAACAAUUUCCCCAACAUUCUUAAAGAAUCUUAGUUUUUGUUAUUGUUUUCGUUUACUGUUUGGGAUAAUCGAAUCUUUCUAGCAUUAAUUGCAUGAUCAUGUUCUUAUCAUGCAUUUGAUUGAUAAAUUGCAAGAUGGAUUGGGGCGUUCAUUUUCUUUUGCCAGAACUGUUUAUGGUAUAUAUAGAUAUAUAUCAUUGGAAAACAAUUUGGCAUGAGAGCUUAAUUAAGAUGAUCUUAUUGAACUUAAAGUUUCGAUUACUUAUGGUAUAUUUAUAAAGUUUAUACCAUUGGAAAGUAAUUAGACAAUUGAAUUAGAAAUUCGUUUGAAUUACUUGUGGUGUAUCAUGAUACUUAAAUGAAAUGUCAUUGGUAAGUAAUUAGAUGGGAUUUCCAUUACUAGAAUGCAUCUGAAUUACUUAUGACGUCUCGCCGGUUCGCUGUGUUCGAUGGUUUCCGGGGUUUGAGGUACUGCUACGCCGGAAAAGGUAUGUCCUUUCUAUCAUGGGAGAAAUCAUUCCAUAACCUUGGGUACUUGAAGAGAAUAAGAUUCUUGAAGGAGAGAUAGUGAAUUCUAUCGGCUAGGACGCUUGCAUGUGUCUCUGCAUGUUUUCUUAAUCUUAUGUAUUUUCUUGUGUUGCAAGAAAAUAGUAUACGAGAACAAUUUCCCCAACACCACUACACUUAGAGUUAUUUGCUACUAUAUCAAUAUCAAUUUGCAGUGUAUAUUUGGCAGUCGGAAAUCGAAGAGGGAUAAGGAGAGCGGGUAGGAAGCAGUUCCGGUGGUUGGGAUUGGGAGAGUUGGUUCGGUAGUGCUCUGUUCUGGAGAUCGGGAUGGUAAGAUAGUUGUUGGGACGGAUUAAAGAGUCAUUUUCUCGUUAGCAUAUAUUGAAGAGAUGGUCCAACUCCGGUUCGGUUCUGACAAUAUUGCAUAUUACCCAAACGGGUAUUAACGGGUAACCGGCGGGUACAUUCCCAAAUCCCAUCCGGCAAUUAAUAUAACUAGUAUUUAGGUACUUGUAACCCUAAAAAAUGGGACGGGUAUGGGCAUACCCAAAUACUUGUUUCACGUUGCCCACCCCUAAAAAACCCAUGGUGUUCCAAGUAAGUAACUUCAUUUAUGUUUUACCCCUGUCCUUGGGGUAGGAACAACUACAGAAAACUUCAUUUUCCUAGAGGAAACAACUAUAAUCCAAGGAUUUUUGUACACCUCCUAAUCAACUAGAGCAAGUUGAGAAGGAAACCUCCCAUCUUCUGGUGAGCUCCCUUCAAAAACCUCAGGUUUAGUAACUUGAGGGCUUCUAGUAGCAACUAACGACCCUUUAACUAUCUCAACAAAACUCGCAGACUGAUUUCCCAUUGAUGCAGGGACAACUGUAUCUUCAGAACCCCCUACUGUCUCCACUUCCACCUCCUUAGUACCUGAACUUCCAAAAUCAAUGAAAGGUGCCUCACUAAUCAUCACUUGUUUCCCAGCUACACUUAAAGACCAUGUGUCACAGUUUGUAACAACUGGACUUGCACAUUUAUUACCAACCUUCUUUUCAAGCUUACUCUUUGGGAGCCACUACUUCCCAUUCAUCGCCAAUUUGUCACAAUCGUGGCCAUAGACCUCACACUUUGGACAAACAAGAGGUUUAUUAAGAUACUCAAAAUCAAUCUCGAAAGGAGGAUCAUCAUUAGGGUAUAACCUGAUAUGAGAAGGAAACCACAAUCAACCACUAAGUCGACACACACUUUAGCAAAUCCUAGUUGAUUUCACACCCUAGUCGUCUAAUUCAUCCAAACCGGAGGCCCUAUAGUACUCGAUACACAUUCAAUAUCUUCAAACGAAUGAUAUUCCAAUGGAAUACCCCGCACCCAAAUCAGAAGAACUUCAACCUGCGAAGCCACUGGCUGAAUCCCAAAUGCCCAUUUACGAAAGUAAAUUUGAUUACCUUGAUAGUGCCAAAGCCCCGACUGAAAUACCAACUUACUUGUGGCUGCCGACGGGAAUUGGAAAACCAACAAUCUGAGACCAAAACUGGAAACCCGAACUGUGUCGUCUCUACCCCAGAGUCUCGUAGCCCACUGUUGAAGAAGACCAACCUUUGGAGUUGGACUAACGAAUUGCCCUAUGAGGCAAUCCUUCCACCAUACCUCUCCUUGUUUCUUCACGUCCUGGUGAAUGCGAAAACUAUCAUUCACCUUUUCUGAAGGAUGAUACUUAAUCCUGUUUGCCGAAUAAAUAUAAAAAAGAGAUGCCCAUAUCACCGCCUCUCCAGUCGGAGCAGAGGCCGACUGAGAGGCUGCCAUUAUAGCGAAUCGAAUUAGAUAUAGUUAUUUAACUUUUAUAGUAUGACUUCUUAAGUCCUUUAAUUGUAAAUUACAUCAACUAAAUUCUCUAGUUUGUAUAUUUUGUUUUCUCGAGCCCUUUAAUCUAAUACUAAAUCAAUUAAGUGCUACAACUUACAAAAUGUUAGUAUAACUUUUGAACAAAUAAUGAGUACUUUUUUGCAAAUGCUAAUAUAAACGGACAAUGUUAAUUUUUCAUUUUAGUAGAGACAAAGUUUUCUGGAAGAGAGCAGCAAAUAUUGGUCAUAAUUUAUAACAAAUGGAUCCCUGAUUCAGCAGCAAUGCAUUUUCUUCACCCAGUAGCAGUACUAGAACAAUUCUUCCCGUGAAUAUUUUGAACUUAAGUAAGUAAUGUAUUUGAUCUUGGUUAUGGCAGAUUUCUUAUAAUUCAGAAACUAAUAAUUUAUUGAAUAAUUAAAUCAUGACAAGGAUUAUGAAAUAUCAAUAAUGUAAAAUAAUAGUAAUUAUGAUAUGAGGUUGCAGGUGCAAGGUAGCGGUUAUCCACAGAUAUCGGGGAUGGGCAAUUUGUGAAAGAAAGCCAUCAAGAAACAAAGGAGAAGAAGGCAAGAGAAGGAAAAUGAUGAGUUUAUUUCCCUUUGCUGGUUUCAAAUGAAUUACAAACAUUGAAUGCCUAACAACAACAGCAUUAGAGUGUUUUGGAUGCAGCUAAUCUUGCUUUGGAAUUGAUCAUCAAAUGGCACAUCACAAGAAGGGUUCAGCGGAAGCGGAUUUUUUCACCGAGUAUGGAGAAGGCAGCCGUUACGAGAUCCAAGAAGUGGUAGGAAAAGGAAGUUAUGGCGUGGUUGGGUCUGCCGUAGACACGAAAACGAAGGAAAAAGUUGCUAUCAAGAAGAUCAACGAUGUUUUCGAACACGUCUCCGACGCGACGCGUAUCCUCAGAGAAAUUAAACUCCUUCGCCUGCUUCGUCACCCAGAUAUCGUUGAGAUAAAACACAUCAUGCUCCCACCUUCACGUCGAGAAUUCAAAGACAUCUACGUUGUGUUUGAGCUGAUGGAAUCUGAUCUUCAUCAGGUCAUUAAGGCCAAUGAUGAUCUCACUCCUGAGCAUUACCAGUUCUUCCUCUACCAACUUCUAAGAGGCUUAAAAUAUAUCCAUACCGCUAACGUAUUUCACAGGGACUUAAAGCCCAAAAACAUUCUUGCCAAUGCUGAUUGCAAGCUUAAAAUAUGUGAUUUUGGCUUGGCUCGAGUGUCUUUCAAUGAUGCUCCAUCAGCUAUAUUCUGGACGGACUAUGUUGCGACUAGAUGGUAUCGUGCUCCAGAGCUUUGUGGGUCAUUUUUCUCUAAAUACACUCCAGCAAUCGAUAUUUGGAGCAUAGGAUGCAUAUUUGCUGAAAUGCUUUCUGGGAAACCAUUGUUUCCUGGGAAGAACGUGGUGCAUCAGUUGGAUCUCAUGACCGACUUGCUAGGAACCCCUCCGGUCGAAUCGAUUUCACGGAUUCGAAAUGAAAAGGCAAGAAGAUACCUCAGUAGUAUGCGGAAGAAGCAACCAGUUCCCUUCACUCAAAAGUUCCCCAACACAGAUCCUCUAGCACUCAGCUUGUUAGAACGUUUACUUGCUUUUGAUCCUAAAGAUCGCCCCACUGCUGAAGAGGCAUUGGCCGAUCCUUACUUCAACGGUUUGUCGAAUGUGGAUCGUGAACCCUCUAGUCAAACAAUCUCGAAGCUAGAGUUUGAGUUCGAGAGGAGGAAAAUUACCAAGGACGAUGUCCGAGAGCUCAUCUAUCGAGAGAUUUUAGAGUACCAUCCCCAGAUGUUGCAAGAGUAUCUUAAAGGUGGAGAACAGACUAGUUUCAUGUAUCCUAGUGGCGUUGAUCGAUUUAAGCGACAGUUUGCUCACCUUGAAGAGCAUUAUGGUAAUGGUAAAGGUGAACGAAGCUCGCCUCUCCAGAGGCAACAUGCUUCAUUGCCAAGGGAGCGAGUUCCUUUGGGUAAAGAUGAACAAGGAGGAGGAGAAGAGGAGAAUGAUUUCGAGAAACGGACAGCAGAAUCUGUGGCCACCACACUCAAUAGCCCUCCCGAAGGAAAAUCCAAUGCUCCCAACCAAACCACUAGAAGUCUGUUGAAGAGUGCCAGUAUUAGUGCUUCCAGGUGUAUUGGUGUCAACCCCAAAACACAGGAGGAGGAUGUUAUUAUGGAAGCCAGCGAUGAAACUGUUAAUGAGUUGGCUGGCAAGGUUGCUGCUCUCCACAACACUUGAUCAGUUAAUCAUCAUCAACGAUAUAUAUUGAAAUUUUUUGAAUAAUUGAGGAGUUAUCUAAAGGCGUGCUUUGAAUUGAUUUUAUCGUACACAGAAAUAAUUAGAAUCUUUGUAU